UUGAUAUUUAUUCUCUCUUUCCACCAGAAACGUUCGUGAUCCGAGCCAUGUGCAGAGAGAAGUUAUAAUAUAGGACGACGGAUUUUAUACACAUAACAUGUCUUAACGAAGGAAGUUAGUCGGAUGUGAAGACAAUUACAAGACUACUUUUCUGUGUGAAUGUAAUUAACGGGCGUUUUAGUGUGUAAUGGACGAAAACGACCCAUAUGAAUGUUUGCCCCCUACGAGUACAACCUCGACCCACAUGCUGGCGGGGGCUGCUGCCGGCGUUAUGGAGCACUGUGUCAUGUAUCCUGUCGACUGUGUAAAGACACGGAUGCAAUCACUUGUUCCUGAUCCAAAGGCGGAUUACCGUAGCAUCCGCGAUGCCUUUCACAAGAUUGUGAAGUUUGAAGGUAUGCGGAAUACUGUACGGGGGAUACAGGUUGUUGUCGGCGGGGCAGGGCCUGCACAUGCUCUUUACUUCACUUGCUAUGAGAAGACAAAAAAAGCACUGGCAAAUGGCCAAAAAGGAAACCACUUUGCUCAUGGCAUAGCGGGCGGUGUUGCUACGUUAGCCCAUGAUGCUGUGAUGACCCCAAUAGACGUGAUAAAACAGAGGAUGCAGGUCUACGGGAGCCCGUACAAGUCGUGUGCUCACUGUACCGUGGAUGUGUACACCAAAGAAGGAGUCAGAGCCUUCUAUAGAAGUUACACAACACAGCUCACUAUGAACCUUCCUUUUCAAAUUGUACACUUUAUCGUGUAUGAGAAAAUGCAAGAUAUUUUAAACCACAAUAGAGAGUAUAACCCCUUAAGUCAUGUGAUAUCUGGAGGCCUGGCAGGGGCUACAUCAGCAGCAGUUACCAUGCCGUUGGAUGUUUGUAAAACCCUGCUCAACACACAAGAGUGUUGUGCCCGCAAACAAGUUUCCUACAUAAAUGGCAUGGCAGCCGCGUUUAGGACAGUUUAUGAAUUCCAAGGAGUAAAGGGCUUCUUUAGAGGACUACAGGCGAGAGUUGUCUUUCAAAUGCCUGCUACUGCAAUCUCAUGGGGCGUGUACGAAACAUUCAAAUACAGUCUUUCAAAGAAACAGGACGCUGAAGACAAGUACGGGAAUGUGAAGGGUCUGACUGUGCAAGCAGUAACGGUGACAUCUGAAGACCCUCUUCACAUCCACAAACCGGCCCACAAUCCCUAGCCUUGUUACAUUGUAACCCCUCCCCAACCCCUUACAGCCCCUCCCCAACCCCCUACAGCCCCUCCUCGACCCCCGCCCACUGAGGAUGUACCUAAUGAAGUCGUAUCCCUGACAUCUUUUCUGUACACCAAGCUCGCUGUUGAAACAAAGGGAAAAGUUUCACUGCAUAUAAUAUUUGCUUUAAGCCAAAUGUUCAAUCUCUGGCCUUUUAAAGCAAAUAUUGCCAUGUUUAAAUUUGUCUUUUUUUUACUUAGAAGAACAUUUUCUAGAUCUUGCCAGCUGAAAAAAGGCAAAAAUUAUACGUCGGGGGGAUUUAGAGUUAGUUCAGUGUUAUUGCAUGUACAAUGUGACAAUGAAAAAUGAAAAUCAAAAAGAUAUUUAUAUUAUAAAUAUAAUGGAAAGCAAUUCAAAAUAGAAAAAUGAUUAGAAAUAGAAAAUUUUGUAUUAGGAAGAAUUCUUCAUUAUACAUGUAUUUGAUUUAUCAAAUUAGUUUUUAUUAAUAUUUCCAUAAAAAUUAAUAGAUUUAAUUUAACUUUGAAAUUGGAUUUUUUUGUUUGCAUAUUCAAAGAAUAGUACAAUUUGGUCAGGUUGAUUUUGUUAUUGCAAGUAAACAUUCAAAAAAAUGUUUGUGCUGAAAGAAAGUGAGUAGUGCAUAACACAGAGAUUGUUUAAAUGUUCAACAAGGAGGCUGUAAAAUUAUAACAAAUAUAAUUGUCUCAAAUUGUUCUGCAUUUUAUCAGUAUUCUUUGAAUAGUGAGCUAUAGAUACUGUUCUAUAACAUCUUAUGUACCUUUUCACUUUUGAAUGACAGGGCAUCCAGUUGACCCUUGAUUUUUAGCAUUUUCAGAAGUCGAAUCAACCUUUCUAAAAAAUAUGAAGGGUCAAAAAAGCAUAUUCAAAGAGACAUGUUCCUUCAAGAGUCAAAUCUGAUUUUUGGGGGUCAAAUGAUACUCUCAAGGGUCACUGGAUGCCCUGAAUGGUAUAUGAAUCUGAACAAUUUUGGUGCUAAUGGCUCACUGACAAAAUGUGUUCACCCAGUUUUGAUUUGUAAUUAAAUGGCUAUGAUAACUGGCCAGCCAUGCAAGAUUUAAAGGGUGGCUAGAACAGAUGAAUUUUAGGGUGUUUGUUUUAAUUUCACGAAUAAAUUCGUAAUUAAAUUUGUAAUUAAGUUUUCUUUAAUUACAAAAUUUGAUAAAUAAAUCUACUGGGAUGCAAGAGACCUUCUCAAACUUUUACUAUAAAGACUGACCUCGGAUAUCUAAAAUUGUGAUAAUACUUCAGUAUUUAUUGGAAAAAUGAUUAUGUUAUUCCCAUUGUAAUUUUUUAUUUUUAUUUUCUUUUUUUUUUUAAUGAAGUAAAUUUUGAACAACUUAAUUAUAAAUUAGCAACUUCCUAGAUAAAAGAUUUAAAAUUUAUGUUAAACGAUUUUGUCCACAAAUUUUUCUCUUAUUUUACUGGUUCAGUCUUUAUAGGUUAGACUUUGAUUCUUAUUUGCAUGUAUUUAUUUGUGAGAAGAAAGACUUCUACAAAAUGUUUGUCAACAAUGGUAUUUCCAUAUACUGAAAAUAUCAUCACAAUCUUUCAAUUUCGUGAGGAGAAGGACUUCUACAAAGUUGGAAAUGAUUUAACCAUCAAGAGGAUGAAAAAUCCGAUGUUUGCUCACAGCUGCCUCGCUGCUUCUUGUGUGAUUUGGUUGAUGUAAAGCUGUGUUUGCAUAACAGUUUUUGAGAAUUUGUCAGAAGAAAGACUUCUACAACUUUUUUUUUUUUUGCAAACCCUUAAGUUUGUGUUUUGUGCUUAGUUUUGUCAGGAGAAAGACUUCUACAAAAAAGUUAAAUAGAGAAAAAUGGUGUUCGGUGAAAUUUGUCAGGAGAUCGAACUUCUACAAAUUGCUUUAAGGUUAGUGUGCAUCGUAUGUUUUGUGCUGGCGGAAGAACCCCACAGAGAACUUCGUGUACAGUCAUCAUGUUUCGUCAGGACCGACUCGGUGAUCAACAUCAACAUGACAACACAUACGGCUAUUUUUUAUUACUGGUCAACUACACUUUUUCAAGGGUUAACAUUUUGUGUUUUUUUUACAUUUGUAUAGCUUUAAAGGUGUUUUUAAUUUGAUAUGCACGUUUUAAUUUUGUUUGUAAAAAUAUGAAAAUGUAGAAAACCUCUAAAAACCAAAGACUGAAAGAGUACUGACUUUUUUCAUUUGGUCAAAUUUAGUUUUACAGAAUUGAUGAAAAUAUUUUAGAAUGAAUGUUACUAAAUGUUUUUUCAGCAUAGUUGUUAUCGGACCUAGAAAUAAUACAGAAGUUAUUUCUGAUACAAGACAAAAAACAAUUGCUUCAGUCUUUGUUUUAAUGUGUUGAUACUUUAUGUUAUCUUACAUUUCUUUUUGUGGAAGUAAUAACAUUUUCUAGUUGGUAAGUUCCCAGUGCUGCAAUAUAUGGCUUAAACCUCUUGUACUUCAUAUUUUCACAAAAAAAAAAAAAAAAAAA